ACUCCUUUCGCGUCAUAAAUGAAUGGUGUUUUCGACCAUUGCCGGUUCGAGAUAUGAUGGUCGGUGGAUAGUCGGAGCCGCCAACUUCGACCCUCCGAAUCAUGGCUCCUAGCGCUGGUUAUAAGGAGUUCUUUCCUAACGCUCCUCGCGCCGCCAGAGACAAGGCUAAUGAACGGGAACGCGAGAAGUCCUCGAGGACAUCAGAAGCUAUCGAACAUGAUUCUAAAACGGCAACGCCUGCUAACCGCGAUGGCGCCAAGUACGAUUCAUCGUUGUCUGAUGCCGCACAUCCCCCGACAGAUGAUACCGAGUCCUUGCAAGGGGAUACCCUCAAUGGUGUUGGUUCCGCAAGCUCCCAUGCGAGUACCGCAUCCUCUGUCUUCACCACAUUCAAUUCCUCCGCUGCCUUAAAUGCUUCUUCACGCGCAUCCAACAGCAACCUCACUCCUCUUACUAUAUCGGGCUCGCCCACAAACCCCCCACAUAUACAAGCCGCGAAGCAGCGCACCUCCGCCAUUCACAAUACUACUAGCAGAUCUGAUAGUACGAAUCCCACAAUGGCCACGGGGUCGUCGUCUAGUCUUCCUAGCGCCGUCAAGCGCCUCCCGGCUCGAGACCCUAACCUUACUAUAAAAGGAACCAAGUGCAUACACGAUCCUUCAACCGACAAGAGCUUGUCUUCGAGCGAUAGGAAAACGUUGAAACCCAAAUACAAGAAUAUCGGCUUGGAAGAUGACGCUCCCCCUCUAGACCCUCGCCUAUCCAAGGGUAGCUGGCUUGACUACAUCAAUGUCGACUUCCAUCUACCUAAGGCGAGGCUACGCCAAACGCCGUAUAAUCUCAAGCCCUACCCGUAUGAUGCAGCCACCUCCAUUGGCCCUGGGCCGCCAACCCAGAUCGUCGUCAGCGGAUUUAACCCCCUGAUCGCCUUCUCUAAGGUCGUGACUAUUUUCACCUCGUUUGGCGAUAUUGCUGAGAGCAGCAACAAGAUGCAUCCUCACACAGGUAGUUAUCUGGGCUUUGCGACCUUUCGAUACCGAGACUCGAAGCAACCAAGACGGCCUCCCAUCUCAGCCAUCGAUGCCGCAAGAAGAGCUGCUAGGGCCAUGAACGGCAAGAAAAUUGAGGCGAACCAUAUAAAGGUAGAAUUUGAUCGGGAUGGCAAGAAAAGUAGACUCAUGCUCGAGACUAUCCUUAAGAAGGAUCAAGUCGAAGCGAAGCGUGCAACUGCUACGCCGCCUGUACCGACGGGUCCAAGGCUAAUGCCUCCCGAGCUGCUCAGCCGAGCGCCUCCUGCUGCCCCGAGAGGUCCUGCUGCUGAUCGACAACGACCCUCACUAGGAGGAGCGGAGUCUGCCUGGACGCCCCCGACGAAGCCUAAGGCUUAUUCCGUGUUGGCCGAUAUGCAACCUAUCCCGGCUACCCUCAAAGGCGAACCAUACGUAUUCGUUCCCGACUCUAGCGUUCCAGUGAUGGUUACAACGAUACCUCAUAUGAAAAAACGCCUGAAGGCGUUCCAAUUCGAGGAUAUACGAGCCGAUCGCGUUGGUUACUAUAUAAUCUUCCCCAAUACUACGUUCGGUCGCGAUGAGGCCUACCGGUGUUUCAGAUCGGCAGAUGGCAGUGCCUUCUUCACCUAUACUAUGGCAAUGAAGCUCCAUGGGGUUGCUUUAUCUGGACCUUCCAACUCUACCGGGCCCCUACGAAGAAGCGAGCCAGAAAAGAGGCCAUUAGCAGAUACCCGUUAUAGAGACGAACACCAGUAUAGACCCCGCGACGAGCGACGUCGCGACGAAGAAGCAGUUUUGGAAGAAGAGAAAAAGCAAAGGGCGAAGAACUUCGAUCCCGUACUUGAGGCUGUUGAAGUUGUUCGUCGUGAAAUGAAGGAGCAUUUAAUCAGACAUAUUAGGACUAAAGUCGCUAUACCUGCCCUAUUUACAUUUCUAGACCCAAACAACCAUGUAGCUAAAAGGCGAAGAUUGAACCUCGAGGACCCGGCUGGCUCAUCCCGAUUUGCCGCCAGCGUCGAAGAGCGCGACGAAACUCCGAUUAGUACUCCCAAUUCGCGAGCCGACCCGAUCGAACGCCGUACUGCUCGUCUCGAUGUUACUGCUCUACCCCGUAUUAGGAAAGCUAAGGGUCAAGGUGCUGCGCAGCGGAACUAUGGGUUUACAGACCCGUUUGCGCGCAAGAGAUCUUCUGUGGUACAUAAUGCCUUUCGUUCUCUUCACCAUCGGCUACAGCCUCCGGAUAGUGAUGACGAGGCAUCCGAAGAUGAAACCGAGAACCGAGACUCUGUUGCGCGCGAUGUCGAAGAGCCAGAUUCGCGCCCUCGUAGCCGAUUGAGUACGGAGGACGAUGUCUUCGAAGAUGGCUUCGGUGACGAAGACUCCAUGACAGAUGCUAGUUUCCCCGUCAACGAUGGACCUAUUAGAGCAAAGAAGCGGAAGCUCGACUUGCAUAUCGAGGCUGCUAUCAAGCGACAGAAGAAGUCUGACGAAGAGCUUUUUGGAGUUACUAUUGAUACGCUUGAGAGCGAAUUCCCAAGUCCGACUGACGACGUACCUAUGCCUGACGCUGGGCGUGACAAUGUCAAGAGUCUUAACGCCACCGAGCUGCCUACACCGACCGAGAAGCCUGUUAAGGGAAGGAAGAAGGUGACUAUAGCAAAGCCUAAGAAGAAGACCAAGAAGCAGCUUUUCGAAGAGCGUGAGGCCAUGAAGAAGCAACAGCAGGAGGCAUACGUUGAGGAGGCUUUAGAGCAAACGAACAAGGAAGAGACCCAAGAGCCUGAAGAGCAGUCAGAAAAGCCAGCCGUGGAAGAAGCAAUAGACAAACCAGUUAUAAAGGAUGAGCGCUUUUCUGACUUGGUACUUCCAGCAAUGGCCCUUCCAGAUCCAUUUACUUUGUCGGUCAAAUCCAUGUCAAAGAUUGAGCUCCAGCCGAAAGAUUAUCCUGAUGUUAGCAAACUAAAGAAAAAAUUCAAGCCUGUUGAUGUCGGCGAUCCCAGACUCUGGGUAUGGAGACACAAUCGCGUGCGGGAGCUUAACGCCGACGGGUCAUCCCCUGACGAACCCAUUACUAUUGAGGGCUAUUAUGUACCAAACCCUACUGGGUGUGCUCGUACAGAAGGCGUGAAGAAGAUUCUCAACUCGGAGAAGUCCAAAUAUCUUCCUCAUCAUAUCAAGGUCCAAAAGGCGAGGGAAGAGCGACAGCUCCGUGCUGCCAAGAAAGACGGCAAAGACACCGCAGCUGCAGCUGCAGAAGCGGCAAAGCUUGCAGCAGAGAAGUUAUUAGCAAAGGGCAACUCAAGAGCAAAUCGUGUCAACAAUCGCCGAUUUGUCGCCGACCUGAACGAUCAGAAGAGAACUCUAGGUCAGGACUCAGAGGUUCUUAGAUUCAACCAGCUUAAGAAGCGGAAGAAGCCAGUCAAAUUUGCUCGUUCUGCUAUACAUAACUGGGGCCUCUACGCAAUGGAGAACAUUAACAAGGAUGACAUGAUCAUCGAGUAUGUCGGCGAAGAGGUUCGGCAGUCCAUUUCCGAAAUUCGGGAGAACCGUUAUCUUAAGAGUGGCAUUGGUAGCAGCUACCUCUUCCGUAUCGACGACAGCACGGUCAUCGACGCAACGAAGAAGGGCGGCAUUGCGCGUUUCAUCAACCACAGCUGCAUGCCAAAUUGCACAGCCAAGAUUAUCAAGGUGGAGGGCAGUAAGAGAAUUGUCAUCUAUGCCUUGCGAGACAUUGCUCAGAACGAGGAAUUGACGUACGACUACAAGUUUGAGCGAGAAAUAGGGAGCUUGGAUCGUAUACCCUGCCUCUGCGGGACUGCGGCUUGCAAAGGUUUCCUAAACUAGUCCUCCUAAUGACCUCCUAUCCGAUAUUGGAGCGGCGUAUUUGUUACACAUUUGUCU